AAACUCUAAACUUCUCUGUUUUCCUGUCUGCAGUUAAAAAAAAAAAAAAAAAAAGAAGACGGUGGAAAGCGGAAGCUGUGAAUUUCCUGAAUGCUGAAACUUGUCCUCAGAUUUUACCCUCAUCUGACCACCAAACUACCUUUAAUCGUUUAUAAACAACCUCCCCAGGACCAACCAGAUCAUUUGAUUUUGCCAGAAUGCUCUCAGAGUCGAACUUUACCUCGACCUUGAACCUGACCACGCCGGUCCCAGGCGGCGGCGGCUGCCCUCCGGUCGGGAUUCAGCUGGAAGGCCUGAUCCUGCCGCCCGUCCUGGCCGUCGACGUGGUGCUGGGGCUGCUGGGAAACGUGGUGGCGCUGUGGAUCUUCUGCUUCAAGCUGAAGGCCUGGAACCCCAACAACCUGUUCCUCUUUAGCCUGGUCAUCGUGGACUUCCUGGCUCUGGUCAGUCUGCCGCUGAGGAUCGACGCCUUGCUCAGAGGUUACUGGGUGUUCGGAGACGCAAUCUGCCGCAUCAACCUCUUCCUCAUGUUCUCCAACCGCACGGCCAGCAUCGCACUCCUGACUGUGGUGGCCGUUUACCGCUACUUUAAGGUCGUCCAUCCUCACCACCGCUUCAACCGCAUGACAAGGCGUCAGGCCGCCGUGGUGUCGCUGUUCGUCUGGCUGCUGGUCGUCGCUCCUCGGGUUCCUCUGCUCGCCUUCAACCACAUCAAGGGCAGCGGCGACCGAACCCAGUGCUUCUUCUUCACCUCGUACAAAGAGGCGUCUCGUGCCAUCGUGGUCCUGGUGGCAAUGCACCGCAUCCUGACGGUGCUGGAGUUCGUGGUUCCGCUGGCGCUGCUGCUGUUCUGCUCCGUCCGGAUCUCCAGGUUUCUGAGGCAGCGGCAGAGGGGGAAACCCGACAAGGUGCGAAAGGCCAUGCGGGUAUGUGCUGCCAUCGUGGCGGUGUUCAUGGUGUGCUUCCUGCCCACCACGGUGACCACCAUCGGGCUGUGGGCGGUGCGUUCGUACCGGCCGUGGGACUGCAACGCCUUCUACACCUUCACACAGCUCAACAUCGUGUCUCUGGGCCUGAACUUCCUGAACUCAGCGCUAGACCCCAUUGUCUACGUCUUCUCCAGCUCCAUGUUCAGGAAGGCCCUGCUGGGGGCGCUGCCUCACUGCCUGUGCUGCCGGCGGGACGACGUGGACGAACUGCAGACGGCGUCAACAUCUGGGACUCAGUUGACCAAUCAGCAGGAGCUGAAGUCGAUGAGGUCGGACCAAGGCAGCGAGGUCAUGUGAAUGAAACUGAUCCUGAAUCAGUGUUUAGUUUGUUUUUAAUGCUGUUAAAACUUGAAUCCCAUCAGUCAGGAUCAGUUGUUGCGUCUGAAAACAACCUGGAAAAACUGCAGCUCUACGUAUUUACUGAUCCUCCUUAACUCCUCAAGUCAAACACCCAAAGAGGUUUCAGCCAGUGCCAAAGGAAUAUCUCCAUGUAUUUAAUAUUAUAUGUUACUUUAUGACACUUUGGUGUUUACAAAUCUUGG